GAAUGGGAAAUUCCUCUUCAAUGGAACAAGCUCAAAUGGAAGAAGCUAUUUUCCCAAAAGAUGAAUCUACAAAUACAGCUGUUAAUGUACCAUCUAAAUUUAUUACAAAUGAUUUUAUUACAACAUGGUUCUCUUGGAAGGAUGAAUUUCUUGCCUCUAUGAAAAAUAUUGAUAAAGCGGAGACAAAAAAACAAAUGUGGGGUUUUAUGCUUCUAAAUCGUAUGGGUCCUGUUGGUCAAGAAAUUCAUAGAACAUUUUCUUUCUAUGAUGAUAAAAACAUAAAAGAUAUAAAUGUAUUGAUCAAGAAAUUUGAUAUCUAUUGCAUAUAUGGAGAUAAGAAAAAAGAUGAUGAAGAUAAUAUUGAUAAAUAUAUAAAUGACUUAAAACUUGCUGCUAGUGCAUGUAAUUAUCCUGAUCCUGCAAGUAUUAUAAAAGAGAAAAUUAUACAGGACAUUAGUACUCAACAUUUCACAGGAAAAGCUGCACUUAUCAUCAAUCAUAAAGGAGAAAAUUUGAUACCAUAUUUGCAAUCAUUAGAUCUUAACAAUAUUAUUAUGUUUUGGAAACAAUGUGAAGAUUUAAAAACACAAGAAAAUGACAAGGAGAUAUCAAAACAGAAUUCUGCCACACCUAUCAUGAUAGAAUGUAGUCGAUGUGGUUCAAAACAUAAUCGAAAUCGAUGUCCAGCUUGGGGUAAACAAUGCAACAAGUGUCAACAGUUAAAUCACUUGACAGAGUAUUGCAAAAUUAAAUACGUAGAUGACUGUACUAAAUGUGGAACAAGUCAUAUUCAAUCGCGUUGUCCAGCAUUUGGCGAGUUGUGUACGAAGUGUGGCAAGGACAAUCAUUUCUCAUGGAAAUGUCAAAUUCCCUUUAUAAACAAUUGCUCCAGAUGUGGCAAAGAUCACAUCGCGUCUGCGUGUCCUGCACAGGGGCAGAUAUGUCGUCAAUGUAAUAAACCAAACCAUUUGGAAGAAAAAUGUGUGAGCAAAAUUGGUUGAUACAUAAUUGUAGUAAUAUAGCUAUGUAAUCCAUUCUUUUUCAUUAUAUAUAAGCAAAUAUAUAAUCUAUUUUUUUUAUCAUA